AUGAUAGUUUGUUCGCUGAAAGAUGUAGAGGAAGAUGAAUCAGCUGGUGAUCAAGAUAUGAAUGAAGGAGGCAUUAGAGCAGUAGCAAACACUAAUGCUAUUGAAGAAGGUCCUCUAACAGGGAUGUUAUUUCCUUGUAUUAGCACUAUGUUCAACUUCUAUAAAGAACAUGCUAGAUUGAAAGGUUUUAGUGUUUUCAAAAGAUCAGCAGUUAAUAUUUCAAAAGUUAUUUCAAGUCACAAUCACGAAUUGGAACCUCCUAUGUCUAGAUUGAUGGUUGCUCAUAGGUCACUGAAUAUGGAUAUGAAAAGGAGAUUGGAGGCAAAUGAUAUAGCUGGCAUAAGACCCGCAAAAAGCAUUUGGUUGCUUGAAGUUCAAGCAGGUGGACCAGAAAAUUUAAGCUGUUUGUCAAAGGAUUGUCGAAACUUCAUUGAGCGAAAGAGGAGGCUACAACUUGGUGAUGGUGAUGCUGAGGCUAUACGUAAGUUGUUUGUGAGAAUGCAACGAAACGAUCCUGAGUUUUUCUAUUCAUUUGAUCUUGAUGAUGAUUCCAGGCUUUCAAAUGUUCUAUGGGUUCAUCCUCGUAGUCGAGCUGCUUACGAGGAAUUCAAUGAUGUUGUUAGUUUUGACACUACUUACCUUGUUAAUCUAUACAAGUUGCCAUUUGCCACCAUUGUUGGAGUAAAUCAUCAUGGGCAAUCUAUUUUAUUAGGAUGCGCCUUGAUCUCACAUGAAGAUGUAAACACUUUUAAGUGA